GACGUCAUACGAUUUAGCAACCGGCGCGCGGCUCGGAGGAAACGGCGUGUGUUGGCUCGUGUCUUCCUGUAAAGUGCUCUUUGUGUCAAUAUGGCCUCAGAUGACAUCGCUCAGCUGGCUGAUGCUCUUUCCAAGACCCAUGUCGGGGAUGGAGAGUUGAGCUACAAAGGCCUGGGACUGAAGCUUGACAACGCAGAAUCAGUGGAGGAGCUGGUCCGGGAGAUAGAACAGUACCAGGGUCUGAGGGCUUUGCGUCUCGAAGGAAACACUGUGGGAGUGGAUGCAGCCCAAGCCAUCGCUAAAGCUCUGGAGAGCAAAGACCUGCUCCAGAGAUGCUACUGGAGUGACAUGUUCACUGGAAGGCUGCGCUCUGAAAUCCCAACAGCCCUGAGGUUCCUGGGCAGUGCGUUGAUGAGUGCUGGAGCCAGGCUGACUGAGCUAGACCUGAGUGAUAAUGCGUUCGGGCCAGAUGGUGUCAAGGGGAUUGAGCAGCUGCUGAAGAGCCCUUCCUGCCACACCUUGAGGGAGCUACGGCUCAACAAUUGUGGCAUGGGGAUCGGUGGAGGAAAGAUCUUGGCUGAAGCUUUGAUCGAGUGCCACAGACAGUCAUCAGCCCUUGGAGCUCCGUUUAAACUGAGAGUGUUCAUCGCAGGAAGGAACCGCCUGGAAAAUGAAGGAGCUAGUGCCCUGGCUAAGGCUUUUCAGUUGAUGGGCAGCCUGGAGGAGGUUCACAUGCCUCAGAAUGGAAUAAACUACGCUGGUGUGAUGGCGUUAGCUUCAGCCAUGCGACAAAACCCAGAGCUUCGAGUCCUUAACUUCAAUGACAACACCUUCACCAAGAAAGGAACACUGGCCAUGGCACAGGCUUUGAAGCACCUCAGGAAUGUCCAGGUGAUUAACUUUGGUGACUGUCUGGUCCGCUCUGAGGGAGCCAUCGCCCUCGCUGCGGUCCUGAGAGACGGACUGCCAAUCCUCAAGGAACUCAAUCUGUCAUUUGGUGAGAUAACUGAGGCAGCAGCUUUGGUGGUGGCUCACGCUGUCAUGGACAAACCUUACAUGGAGAAAGUGGAUCUGAACGGUAAUUGUCUGGGAGAGGAGGGCUGUGAGGCUUUGAGAGAAGCUAUGGAGAACAUGGACAAAGAUGACAUGCUGGCAUCGCUCAGUGAUGAUGAGGGAGAACCUGAUGACGAAGAUGAGGAUGAUGAUGAUGACGACGAUGAAAACAAUAAUGAUGAUGAUGCUGAUGAUCACUGUAAUGAAGACAGUGAGGAGUACGGCGAGAUUGUGAAAGAAAAUGGAAUGUCAAAAAAAGAAGACAGUCCUGCUAAACCUCAGAGCCCAGCAGAAAUCAUGUCUUUCCUCAGCUGCCCCUCCAAAGAAAAGCUGCUUCAACUGGGAGAGAUGAGGACAAGCAUUCAGCAACAGGUUGAUGCGUCUGAGCCACACGAGGCUGCUGAUGUCCUUUUGAAAAUUGGCUCCCUGUACAGCGAGGACCCAGAAACCAAGACCGCUGUUUUAGAAACCAUUGACGCUGUGCUGAAGAAGCUGCUCUCUGGAUCUGUCCUCCAGUCUUACUGUUUCCUCUCCACACUGCUGGUCUUGAUGGGACUACUCAAGGGAGAGGGGAAAAUGAAAAAAGUGUUGCUGGUCCCGGGUCAGCUGUUAUGUUUGGAACAUGCUGUCCAGCAGGAAUACUUCCCUCAGCAUCACGCCUCACUGCUUCACAUCUUCCUGUCCAAGAACAGCGAAGCUCUCAAGUCGUGCAGCAGUGCCGGAGAGCGGCUGAGCUCUGCUCUGGAGAAGAAGUGCCACGACAAGCACUGAUCCGACCAGCCGUUGCCAGUACCAACACAGGGACACAGACACACACUGUACUGACAUUCAUGUUUUUUCGCCAUCAGAACCAACAGGGAUGCUUAACACUUGAACAAAGGACAAGUACAACCACUGCUGUCCAAUCCUGAUUUGUAUAUUUUAUGAAGGCAAGACUGUCCAGAAUGUCUUAAUUAUUUUUCUACUUUUGCUUGUGACUUAUAUUUUUUUAUAGAAAAUAGAUUUAAUAAAAAAUAGAGAGCUACACAUCAGUUAGCUGUGGGCAUAAUGUGUAAAGAAACAAGUUCAACUGGCUGUAACCUGAAGUGAAGCUAACAUUAGGCACUGUCCAUCUGGCACCUUUGGAAACAUAUCUGUUAUUUAGAUAAGUUUAUCUUCAAAAUCCACUGUUAAACAAUGACAAAGCAGCACAUCUGUUUCAGAUCAGGUUCCUGUGUGUCUAUGGAGAUUAUUUCCAAGUCUUGAUAAAUUUGGAAUUAGUACAAUAAAGACAAGCAAAGUGUGGUGAAUAUUGUGAUAUUGUCUUAACAAGCACACAACUACAGAUUGGCUGUAGUUUUAGACGUGCAUCUCACAGACUUUAUGUUGCUGUGGAAACUUAGUUAAGGAGUGCUGAGACUGAAAUGGUAAUUCCAAAAUAACUACAGUCUGAAAAUGAAAAUAAAUUAGUCUAAAAUACAAAGGUGACUUUAUUGUUUUUUGACAUUGCUUAUUUGUAAAGAAGACAAGCUUUUAGGAGAGUCUGUCCAGUCAUCACAAUCAUCACACUGCUGCUCAUGAGCUCCAGUCAGUUCAGACUGUCAGCAACAGAAGCAACACACAAUCAUGAACCUGAACACAGCAUGUGUGUAAAUCAGCCUGGACUGAACACAGCCAUAGAACUGCAGGGAUCAGGGGACCGCAAUCACUGUUAUCUGAUGUUCCUUUUUUGAAAAAUGUGCUCUUUAUAUGACUUUGUGUUGUACAAACUCACUCACUGUGUAUUACCUCAUAUCGCUCUUUGUGUCUUGGUGAUGUAAUGGAGCAUUUAAGGGAAAUGGGAAUGGAAUCUACUUUAAUGGCAUUGAGAUCAACUGCAUUUAUUCAAUCAUGAGGAUGUUUGUUUGCCUGAUAUGUUGUUAAUUUGAACUGAAUGCUCUGUUUUUCGAAAUAUAACACAUCUAACAAGCCUGA